AUGCGGAGCCACGAACUCGAGUUUCUCCUCAAAAGGUUCCACCAUGAAUUAUCAAUGGCCUGGAGAGGAUGGCCGGCGCUGUACCCAGUCACCUCGCCGGGACCCUCUCCUCGUUCGCCCAUUCAUCUGUCCAUCCAUUUUCCACGUUUCUGUUCAGCUAUCCGUCUAUCUAGUUAUCCACAGCUCCUAGGCAUCUGCCAAGCCCAUCAUCUAUCUUGCCGCGUCUCUUACAACAAUCCGUCUAGACGUCUGUCUGUAUUCCCAUGUGCAAUCACCACUACCACUAGCUCGUCCACGUCCACCUUCUAUACAACUACCACCGUCACAACCACAACCUCCACUACCACGACAACUGCUAUUACCAUCACCACAACAACUACCAUCAAGAUUACCACUACACUUACAUCUACUAUCACCACAACUACCACCCCCAACAGCACCAUAACCACAACCACCAUAACCGCCACCACAAUUACCACCGCAACUACCACCAUAACCACCACGACGUCCAUCCCACCUCCUGCAGCACCACCAACCCUACCAGUAGCAACAUCACCCAACCGCCACCACCGCCACCACUACCACCACCUCCUCCAACACUUCCGCGGAGGAUGA